GGCACGGCCAAGCCCUGGCUCCUGUUCCUGCUCCCGCCGAGAACUGCCCACCAUGGCCCUGGUGAUGAAUCUGCAGCUGCUGACUCUCUGGCUGGUGUGUCACGCAGACAUCACUCCAACUGUCCCCCCAGCCUCAUACCCCAAGCCGUGGCUGGGGGCUCAGCCAGCUGCAGUUGUGACCCCCGGGGUCAACGUCACUUUGAGGUGCCGGGCACCCCAGCCCACCUGGAGGUUUGCACUCUUCAAGUCUGGAGAGAUUGCUUCUGUGCUUUACCGGGAUGUAUCUGCGGAGCUGGCGGAGUUCUUCCUGGAGGAGGUGACCCCAGACCAGGGGGGCAAUUACCGCUGCUGCUACCAGAGGCUAGAUUGGGGACCAGGUGUCUGGUCCCACCCCAGUGAUGCCCUGGAACUGCUGGUGACAGACGAGCUGCCGCGCCCGUCGCUGGUGGCGCUGCCCGGGCCGGUGGUGGCGCCCGGGGCCAACGUGAGCCUGCGCUGCGCCGGCCGCCUGGGGGGCAUGAGCUUCGCGCUGUACCGCGAGGGCGUGGCGGCCCCGCUGCAGUACCGCGACUCGGCGCAGCCCUGGGCGGACUUCCCGCUGCUCGGCGCCCGCGCGCCCGGCACAUACAGCUGCUACUACCACACGCCCUCCGCCCCCUACGUGCUGUCCCAGCGCAGCGAGCCGCUGGUCAUCAGCGCGGCCGGCUCGGGCUCCUUGGACUACACCCAGGGCAACCUCGUCCGCCUGGGGCUGGCGGGCCUGGUCCUCAUGGCUCUGGGCACGCUGGUCGUUUUCGACCGGCGCAGCCAGAAUCGCGCCCCUCGUUAUCGUCUGGGCCUGAGCCUCAGAGGACAGAGAAGACUUCCCAGAGAGGAUGGUGAAGAAGCUGGAAUCCCUUGGGUUGGACCGCCCUUCCAGGAGACCCACAGCCCUCCCCGCUGAGCCCAGCUUCCCGAGUAACCAUAACCUUUGCUCCACGCCCUGGAUAUCUUCCUUUUGGGUCAUUACUCCAGGACCUCCCAGAUCAGCGGGAGGCACUAUCGGUGUGGUUAAGCCUUCCUCGCCAGGAAGACCUGAGCUGGAAGCCCCGUGCGCUGCUCGCUCCCUGCGGGAUAUUAGGAGAGCGACCCUUCCCCAGCCUCGGUUGCUCCGUCUGUAAGAUGGGAGCACUGAAAAUACCCACUUCAUCAGGGUUAAGUGGACAAUGCAUCUGAAGGGUUUAAAACAGUGACUGGCUCACAGAAAACGUUCUUUAAAUGUCAGCUACCGUAUAAAAGCUA